CUCAUUAUCCUGCAACAAGCAUUCACAAAACUUCAAGUGCUGCUGUGACAUUUUUAGAUUGUUAAAGUAAAAAAAAAAAUCAUUGGCAGUCUGUGUCACUGAGCUACAUCUAUAUUUAUUGUGGCCAAGAUGUUUAUGGAUGAGCGGAUUGUAACUCUGUUCAAAAGGAAUGCCCAUCACACGUUGACCUACUGGAGUGUUUUCUUCAGCUUUGGACUCUGCAUCGCUUUCCUUGGACCUACAAUUUUGGACUUGCAAUGUCAAACUAACUCAACACUCAGUCAGAUUACCUGGGUAUUCUUUGCCCAGCAGUUCUGCUUGUUGAUUGGCAGCUCUGUUGGUGGUGUUUUCAAGCGGACGUUGUUCAGUGCUCUUGCUGCUUUAUUUGUCUCUGCUCUCGUCAUCUCUGUAAUAUUUGCCAUCAUCCCUCUGUGCAAUAAUGUUCUCCUGCUGGCCAUCGCCAUGGCUGUGUCCGGUUUGGCGAUGGGUGUCAUUGACACCAUUGCUAACAUCCAACUGGUGACCAUCUAUCAGAAGGACUCUGCUGUUUUUUUACAGGCUCUUCAUUUCUUCAUUGGGUUUGGAGCCCUGGUGAGCCCACUGAUUGCAGAUCCCUUCCUCUCAGAGACGGGCUGUGGGAAUCACACGGGGAAUGGGACUGAGAUGAUGCAUCAUUUCAGGAACAUGCUGAGAAACAGUCCGAUUGCAGAGCACAACAUAACUCAUAGCGAGGGAGGAGGAGGGGAAGAGGAGUCCAUUGUGCACUAUGCUUUCUGGAUCAUGGCACUUAUUAAUCUGCCUGUACCCAUUGCAGUCCUGUUCCUGAUGUAUCGGGAACAGCUGAUCCCAUGCUGCCCCAGCGGCACUCCUCGUCUUCUGGACAAAGAUGAAUUAGCAAUGGAGAACCAGCAGGGGGCUGACGGCCCAGACGUGGAACAGAAGGAACAUGAAGCUGGAGGUCAUGGGGAUAUCUUCAGCUGCUGUCAGAAUGAUAACCUGCGCGGCCUGCCAGUAUCCUUCUUUAUGAUUCAUAUCCUCGGCGGGAUGGUGCUCUUCAUGACCGAUGGUAUUGUGGGUGCAUAUGCCGGCUUUGUGUACACCUAUGCUGUGACACCACCAAUGUCACUGCCUCAUAAGACAGCAGGUUACCUGGCCAGUAUCUUCUGGGCAGCGAUCACCGCUGGACGUCUGGUGUCCAUACCGCUCUCAUAUCGUUUCCAGCCUGUGAGACUGCUCAUGUUCAACCUGGCAGGUGCUAUUGUUACCGUGUUGAUGCUGCUUAUUUUCUACACCAGCAGCAUCUUUUUGUACGUUGGUACCUGUUUAUGUGGGCUGUUCCUCAGCAGCAUCUUCCCCUGUAUGCUUGCUUACACUGAAGACAUCCUUGAUUACCAGGGAUGUGCAACCUCAGUCCUGGUGACAAGUGCGGGGAUGGGAGAGAUGGUAAUGCAGGUUCUGGUUGGCUCAAUUAUCCAGACUGAAGGCAGCUACAGCUUCCUGCUGUGCGGAAUGAUAAUCGCCUGCAUUGGAUUUAUCCUCUUCAUUGGUCUCCUGCUGUUCCAUCGAAUGCACAGAAAUUACCUCACGGGAACAUCGAAAAAGUCUGCCAUGGUGGAGGAACCAGUGGCAGAGCAGAAUGGAUCUGCCAAAACAGAACAGAAAGAGGAGAAAGAGAGCAGCUGAGGGGACCACCAGCUGUGUUUUAUCCUUUACUUGUUACUGUGGGAGACGAUUUGUCAUCAAAGACUUGUGAUUUACCAAAAGCCUACCAAAAUGAGCACUGUGAAAUGACUUGGUAGAUGCAAUGUAGAUAGUGUGCUACUCUUAGAAGUUAGGGUUCAAACUCAGAUUGUUUUUUCUAUUUUGUGAAUCGCAGACAGUGUUCAUCAAAUUGUGUUCUGUUUUAUAUUACAUUAGGGUUUGAAAUUUACAAUACAAGGAUAAUGAUUAUAUCAGCAGUUUGCCACAGAAACUACACCUUUUUUUUCAUAUUGUUUUUAUGUAUUUUGGCAUAUGUAAAGGGAAAUAUACAUACCGUAUAAUAUGUCUAUUAAAACGGUUAUACUGAGA